GCCGCCCCAUUGGCCGCCUGCGGAUAAUUAAACACCUACACAGUCAACGCACAAAUCCGAGUGAUGGGAUAUAUAGGCCGGCGCCCCGGCCGCUGCACGCAACAGUCACCGUUGAGCACGAGCGUCGCAAGUUUGGACAAAGUCCCGCCACCAGAGAUUCCUUUUUUUCCCGCCGGGUGCUUGUCGCAGAAGGGGACCAUGGUCAUGUUGAAGAUCUCCGCUUUCCUCGUCGCCUACGCCCUGGUCAUUUGCCAGAUGUACUGCUCACAAGCCGCCCCCGCCAGACCGGGUUUGGAAUCCAUGUCGGACCGAGUGACGCUCACGGACUACGAGGCGCGGCGGUUACUCAACGCCAUCGUGAAGGAGUUCGUGCAGAUGACGGCGGAGGAGAUGGAGGCGCAGGCGACCGAAGGGAACAGCAUGGACAGACCCCUAACCAAGCGCUGCUCCAACCUCAGCACCUGCGUGCUGGGCAAACUGUCUCAGGAGCUGCACAAGUUGCAGACGUUCCCUCGCACCAACGUGGGAGCGAGCACGCCCGGCAAGAAGCGUUUUGCAGGCUACGGCGAGGCGAUCCAGACCAUCUAACCCCCCCCGCCCCCGCCCCUGCCUGACCCCAUUUCCCCCCUGCACCCCCCGCCUCGUCAUUGUCUACCAUUAGGCCUCAUUGGCAAGUGCAUGUUGGCAUGAGCUGCCUGACUGACACCUUCAAAAAAAAAACAACAACAAAAAAAAAAAGUCCCCAUUUUGGGCAGAGCCUCCACAUGUCAGACAAUCGGAUGCUCUUCGCCUCGUCAAACCUUCACCCUGGCAGAGAAGCAGGGACCACACACACACACACACACACACACACACACACACACACACACACACACACACACACACACACACACACACACCCCCCUCACUAUAAUAUGAAUAAAUGCCCCGCUCAGCAGACGCCAUCUUUCUUGCUCAAUAAACAUAUUUUUCUACCAGAAAGCCUUAGCUCACCUUCAUUCACACGCUGCCAGUAAGGCGCAGAACACCUGUGCUCUGGCCGCCAAAUUAAUUGAAGUAGGCUUUUAGAGGCACCGAGAGGCAAGGGGGUGGGGCUUUAAAGCCACCUUUUGAAGGUAAGGAAACACAGGAAAUAUUCAGUCUGUCAGCAAAAAAAAAAAAAAAAGUCUGUAGAUUUUAGCGUGAAAAAAAAAAAAAGUGGUACAGCACACCCCGCGACCCCGAAAGGGACAAGCGGUAGAAAAUGGAUGGAUGGAUGGGUACCGUUUUGACAUUUACAGUGUGCACCAUUAAUAUAUAAAUAUUAUGUAUGUAUAUACAUAUAGUCGAGGUUACUGUGGUUCAGCCGUUAAGUCAGGUAAAAACACAGAGGCUAUUUAAUCCCUACAAGCCUGUUUCGCAGGUUUCCCUGCUCUUCAGGGGAGUUUAU